AUGUCUGUCUCUUUAGUACGCGGUCUCUCGACCCCUUUUCCAAAGGCAGACCGACUUACAGUGUCACCCAUUCUCUUUAGAGCCAACUCUCGGCCUCUCGAGAGGAGAAACAGGGGGUUUGGCACUUUCAAGGCACCUCCGGUUCGCAACGAGCCCAAUCCGUCAUACAGCAAGGGCUCAGCCGAGCGUCGAAAGCUCCAAGACGCGAUUUCCCGGCUAAAGAGCAGCCUUCCCAUCCGAGUCCCCUCCUUGGCACCUGAAAUCGUAACCAAACAAUACCUGCCCAGCGAUCACUCCGUCGCCUUGGCCGAAUACGCCCAGACAACUCCCGAACACGUAUCCGUGGCCAUUGAUAGGGCACUAGAAGCCAAGCUCGCGUGGGAGAAUACGUCUUUUAAGGACAGAGCUGCGGUGUUUCUCAGAGCGGCGGAGCUUAUCGCAGGGAAGUACCGAUACGAUAUCAUGGCUGCGACGAUGCUUGGGCAAGGGAAGAAUAUUUGGCAGGCGGAGAUUGACUCAGCGGCUGAGAGCUGCGACUUUUUACGUUUCAAUGUUCAUUAUGCAGCUCAGCUGUAUAACCAGCAGAACACAUUGACUGACGCUGGCAUCAUGAACCAAACAGAAUAUCGACCGCUAGAGGGCUUCGUCUACGCAAUCAGCCCCUUCAACUUCACCGCCAUCGGCGCCAACCUGACCGUCGCUCCCGCCAUCAUGGGCAACGUCGUCCUCUGGAAACCCUCCCACUACGCCCUCUACUCGAGCUACCUCCUCCAAAAGAUCUUUGAAGAGGCCGGCCUGCCCGCCAACGUGAUCCAGUUCCUCCCCGGCGAGCCCGAAGCAAUCACCUCGGCCGUCCUCGACCACCCCCAAUUCGCAGCGCUCCACUUCACCGGAUCUACGGACGUCUUCCGCCAGCUGUACGGCAAGAUCGGGGACGGCGUCACCUCGGGAAGAUAUGAGAGCUACCCGCGCUUGAUCGGCGAGACGGGCGGCAAGAACUUCCACCUGGUGCACCGCAGCGCCGAUGUAAGGAAUGCGGUGGUGAACACUGUCCGGGGUGCUUUUGAAUAUCAGGGGCAAAAGUGCUCUGCAACGUCGCGACUUUAUGUCGCGGAGUCCAUCUGGCCAGAGUUCAAGGAGAUGCUCUUGCGGGAAACAAAGGGCCUCAAAGUUGGUUCCCCUGAACAGGUCGACAACUUCAUCGGACCCGUCAUCCACGAGCGUUCGUGGAAAAAACUCCGCGACGUAAUUGAGGAGGCCAAACUAGACACUGCGAUCGAGUUGCUAGCCGGUGGUCAUACGGACAACAGCCAGGGCUGGUUCGUCUCACCAACCAUCUUCCAGACCAACGACCCCCAGCACAAACUCAUGAAGAACGAACUCUUUGGCCCGAUCCUCGCCGUCCAUGUCUACCCCGACGCAAAGUACGAGGAGAUGCUCCCCGUCAUCGACUCCACGACGCAGUACGGAUUAACGGGCGCCGUCUUUGCUCGCAACCGAAGCGCCAUCGAGACGGCGGAAAAGGGGUUGCGCCACGCGGCUGGGAAUUUCUAUGUCAACAGCAAGAGCAUCGGCGCUGUUGUCGGGCACCAGCCGUUUGGAGGCGGUCGUGCGAGCGGUACCAAUGACAAAGCUACCAGUAUUAAUCUUUUGACGCGCUUUACUAGCAUGAGAAGUAUGAAGGAGGACCUUGUUGGCGCAGAUACUGUCUUGUAUCCUUCGAACGAGGCUUGAUAUCGUCUAUCGUGGCGUCUGUGCUACUCACUCGUAGAUCCUGGCU